AGUAGAUAUAGAUAAAUAUAAUACUGAUUUAUAUAAUCAAUUGAACAAAGAACACAUUACAAAACACACAUAACUCAGCUAAGUGAGAUCUAGAUAGAGAGAGAGAGAGAGAGAGAGCUUCCAUGGAGCCAAAGUCCUUCCGUUUGUUUCUUCUCAUCACAACGGCUUGUUUCAUCCUUAUUUUCACUUCCACUAACUUCACUCACGCACCGUCGUCCAUGACAAGGAUUUUUGACUGCACAAACUCAUCCUUUUCACAUCUUUGCACCACAAGAAACUUCCUUUUCAACAAACAUAUUCGACCCAUUCCUGAAAACAAUCCUAAACCAAACCCAGAAAACCAUGACCACCUUUCUGAUACACCAAAACAUCCUCUAGACCCCCUCACGUUGGUCGAGAUACAAAAAGUUCGAUCAACACUCUCCUCUCACGCACUCUUCGCCUCACGUGCACCACACGCACUUCACUCCGUCGUACUCGAAGAGCCAGACAAGAAUCUCGUACGACAAUGGGAGAAAGGAAACACACUCCCACCAAGAAAAGCCUCUGUGAUAGCACGUGUUGUUAGCGACUCGCACGUGCUCACCGUUGAUUUAUCUACUGGUCACGUCGACAUAGUGGAUAGUCCAGUUCGUGUGUUGGAUUUCCCGGUUAUGACCGUUGAGGAGAUGAGCGACGCCACAUGGGCACCUUUCUCAAACACGGAGUUCAACCGUACGAUCAUCUCACGUGGACUUAAUCUAACGGACGUGAUUUGUUUCCCGAUAUCCACGUGAGAUGAUCGUACGGUUGAACUCCGUGUUUGAGAAAGGUGCCCAUGUGGCGUCGCUCAUCUCCUCAACGGUCAUAACCGGGAAAUCCAACACACG